UAGUCGCCAAUUGUUAUUAACUUCAGUCCUCUCCCAUUUCACUCUCUCAUAAUCCCUCUUCUCUCUCUCUUUCUCUCAGUCCAUCGCAGGCGACCCUCCUACCGGCCACCGUCCACCACUGUCGCACACGAGCGCCCACCUCCUCACCGGCGACAGUACAACCCACCUCCCCACCAGCGACGACAAAACCCACCGUCCACCUUUGUGCAUAUGUGAUUUUUUCAAAAAUUAAUUCCAUAUAUAUAUGUAUGUAUGUAUGUGGGUGUAGAUCUUCCAGGGUUCUAUUUUGAUGCGGAGAAGAACAGGUACUUCGCUAUCAAAGGCCCAAUUCCGGGUUCUUCUCGCAAUUCUUCUUCUGCUUCGACUUCAUAUUCUUCUAUCCAAGUCCAAUCUGGUUCAACUCCAGAGUUUGGUUCUACUCCUCAUUGCUUACCUUGCAGUACGGUGCUCAGCCUCUCAUUUCCAAACACUUCGUCAGGACUGUUGAUCUCUCCACUCAAGUAUCUGAACCUCACAAGAAAAACUUGUUUUUGCAAAGUUUAUACAAAGAGGGGCAAGAGAAAUCACAUAUGACAAAUGGUAACAACAGCGGGAAGCAUGCUUUUCAUAGUGACAUUCAAGAUAAGGAUAUUGUUGAAGCUCUAGAAAAUGAGGUUUAAUUUUGGACAGACUUUUCAAAAGUUCACUAUCAUCCCUAGAGUCUAUAUGAAUAUAAUGGUUUUCAUAUGAUUGUAUGGAAUUAUUAUUUUAGAUUGGAAUAUACUUAGUUUGUAUGGAAUUUGACAUUAAGUUAUUUCUUUUUGGAUGGUUGGAAGUGAAAUGGAUGCAAAUUGCGAAAUGAUUGAUAAUA